AUGCAGGUGCUUACUGCGCAGCAGCAGCGGCAGCAGCAGCAACAGCAGCAACAGCAGCAACAGCAGCAACAGCAGCAGCUUCUAAACAUCGAUAACUGCGGCUGGCACUGCGACGUGCGGCUGAGGUGCCCAUACACCCCAACGCUUGUCUUGGCGAGGCCUCGGUCUCUAGUAUUCCUUCACCCCCAAUCCAAAGGCAGCAGCAGCAGCAGCAGCAACAGCAGCAGCAGCAGCAGCAGCAGAGAAGGUUAUGGCGGCACCUCUGCUGAGAGCGCCUGCACCUCUUCCUCUCCCACCGAAGCAGCAGCAGCAGCAGCAGCAGCAGCAGGAACGGCGGUUUGCGGUGUAGAGGCAGCAGAUGAGGGUAUUUUAUCAGGGUCUUCUUACUUCUCUCCUCCUGUUGUCUUGCCUUGUGAGUCUGCUGUCUCUGCUCUUGCUGCAGUGCCCCGCAGACCUCUGGGUUUCCCCUCAGCUGCAGAUACACCUGAAAGGAGACGGAGCAGCAGCAGCAGCAGCAGCAGCAGCAGCAAGGAGACACAGAAAGGGUUUGAAGACCUCCUUGUCCUCACAGACAGCCAGGAGCUGCUGCUGCUGACAUACGACAAGACACAACGCCGUCUGCUGCCUCUACAAAUCAUCGAUCUACGCCUUCCUUGCUUCCGACGGAUUAAGGGGCGGCCUUUGGUGGCUGUCUGUCCCCUCACAGGAGACAUCGCAAUCCAUCAGUAUGAAUUUAGAGUACAGUAUUUGCAGCGCCGUAGAAGCAGCAGCAACAGCAGCAGCAGCAACGGCAGCAGCAGCAGCAACGGCAGCAGCAGGAGCAGCAGCAGCAGCAGCAGCUUGACGGAGCCGAGCCGAGUAAAGCGAGUAAAAGAGCAGGUUCAGCAUCCGCAGUGGCAGCAGCAGCCACAGCAGCAGCAGCAGCAGCAGCAACAGCAGCAGGAAGCAGCAGCAGCAGACUGCCCUUCAGGGCCCCCUCCAUACAAUCCGCAGCGCGUUGUCUUUGUACAUGAGUUAGGAAUAUUAGACUUAGCUUUCAUAGCCCCGCAGCAGCGGCAGCAGCAGCACUGCAGCAGCAGCAGCAGCAGCAGCAGGGGCAUGCUUUUUGAUUGCGGUUUAGAAGGAGGGGAGAGCGAUGAGUGCAGCAGCAGCAGCAGCUGCUGCCAGCAAUUGCUGUGUCUCUACAGCUGCCCUGCUGUUAGCAGCCUCGGCUGUUCUUCUCCUCUAGCAUUACCUAGUUUCUUCUUAAAGCUGCUGCAUCUUCCUGCUGCUGCUCAACCGUUCAUUAAUACAGACCCCACAUCUUGCUGCUGCGGACCUCUUAAGGGGCCCCUGCAGCUGGCAGCAGCUGCUUCAAAGCUGCUGUCUCUUCCGCUCCCCCUAGGCGGGGUUGCUGUGUUUGCUGCUGAUUCUGUCUCCUGGGUAGCACCGCAUACACCGCAGAGAGAAGCUGCAGCACCUAAAGGCACCCUUGCUGCUGCUGGCCACACUACCAGCAGCAGCAGCAGCAGCAGCAGCAGCAGCAGCAGCAGCUUGAGCAGCCGCCGUCUUGCUGCUGCUGCUGCUGCAAAGGGACUCCGCGUUGUUUGUACGCAAACCACCUUCCCGGGCUGUGAUGAUAUCGUCUCUGCUGCGCUGCUGUCUCCUCCUGCAGCAGCAGCAGCAGCAGCAGCAGAGGAUCAAGAGCAGACGUGCGUCUUUGUAGCCAUUGACGCCAGGGGAAACGUGCUGCAGGCGGUGCUGCGGGUCCCGUCUGUCUCCGACUGCAGCAGCAGCAGCAGCAGCAGCAGCAGGUGGGGUGAGCCGUCUUUGUCUGUUUGUUACUUGGGCAGGGCAUGCGAAGCAACGCAGCUGUCUCCUCUGGGGCCCCACACAUUUUUUGCUGCUUCUACCUGCAGCGACAGCUUGCUGCUGCAUAUCCGAGAGCCUCCGCUUGAUGGCCCCUCCAGCAGCAGCAGCAGCAGUAGCAGCAGCAGCAGCAGCAGCAGUUUGAAGUGUAGGCGGGUCUCUGACGACGCAGGAGCGGGCUCUGCUGCGGCGGGGUGGCAGCAGCAGCAGCAGCAGCAGCAGCAAGAGAUGCUGCUGCAUGCAGCAGAGAAGCAGCGAGGGCGUCUCCGAGUGAUUGAGGCCUUCAGCAACUUGGGCCCCAUUGUUGAUUGCUGCAUUGCUGACUUUGAAGGAAAGGGACAGAGACAGCUGGCGGUUUGCUGCGGCAGCGGGCCCAGCGGCGCUGUGCGGUUUGUGCGCGAUGGUCUCUUCCUGCAUGCAGCAGGAGCAGCAGCACUGCAGCAGCCAGUUGAGGGUGUAUGGUGUCUCCGUUUGCUGCGGGGCGGAGCCCCGCUGCUGCUAGCUGCUGUCUCUCUGCCGCAGCGCUCGUUGCUGCUGCAGUGCGAAGCAGCAGCUACGGGCAACCCAGCAGCACAGACUGAGGAAGGAGGACAGCUGGAGGCAGUCGAGAGCUGGGGGGCCUUCGUAACGACGCAGCCGUCUCUUCUUUGCUGUCUCUUUGUCUCGGGAGACAGCAAAGAUGAUGAACAUGCAGCGCAGCAAAUGCAGCAAGACACCAGCAGCAGCAGCAGCAGCAAUACAGACACUGCAGACGAAGAAGACACCUCGGUGGUGGUGCUUCAGGUGCUGCAGCAGGGGGUGGUCGCCUUAGAGGCUCACGAGGCGUCUCUUUCGCUUCGAGCUGCGGUGUCUGUGCAGCUAACUGUCUCUUCUUCUGGUGUAGCCUCCCUUGAGCUGCAGCCCUGUCCCCUCAGUGCUUUGUGUGGGGCGCCUGCUGCUGCUGCUGCUGCUGCUGGAGCAGCAGAUCCUUGCAUCAGCUGCGCCUCGGUGGCGCCGCUGGCAGGUGUCUUUGCUAGGGGAAUGCCUUCUGCUGCUGCUGCUGCAGCAGGAGAUGUUUUGCUGCUGACGGCAGACUCUGUUGCUGCUGCUGUCUCUUUAAGCGGCAGCAGCUUCAGGUGUCUCGCCACCUGCGACUUGGGGUAUGAGGCCUCUGCAGCACAUGCUGCAAGGCUCGACAUCUCUGAUCCUGCAUGUGCAGCAGCAGGAGACGAAGGGCUAGCUGCUGCUCCUGCAGCAGCAGCUGCUGCUUCUCCUGCUGCUGUCUCUGUUGCCCUCGCUUCUGUUGCUCUGUUUGAUGAGGGCUCUGUGCGUCUCCUUUCGCUUCCUUCUUUGCAGCCUCUCAUGGUCCUUGAUGCAUGCAAGGGAGAGUUAGGGGUGUGGGUGACGUCGACUUGGUUGUGCUGCAUGGGCAGUCUCUGUCUCUGUCUUGCGGGGCUGAGUAACGGGAGGGUGGUGCUCUUUCGUCUUGGGUUUGCUGCUGCUGCAGCAGAAGCAGCAGCAGCAGCAGCAGCAACAGCAGCAGCAGCAGGCAGCUGCAUCGGGGAGGAGACACCGCUAGUCACUGGGGUGCAUCUUAACUCGCUGUCUCCUGUCUCCUUGCGUCUGUCUCUGCUCUCUGCUCGUGUUGUCUCCUUGGGUGGGGGCCCUGUGCGGCUUGCUGCUCUUCCUUUGCUGCCUAGGCUGAGCUCGAAGCGCAGCAGACACAGCAGCAGCAGCAGCAGCAGCAGCAAGUCCCGCGGCAGCCUCACUUACAACCACGUUCCCUCUGUCUCGCUGCAGCACGUUGCUGAUUUUAGCUGCAGCGCCACAGACCCCAGCCUGGGCCUUAUCUGGGUUGAGGGUGCUGCUGCACCUGCUGCAGCAGCAUCAACCAGCAGCAGCAGCAGCAGUAGCAGCAGUAGCAGCAGCAGCAGCGCAAGCGGUGGAUGGCGCCGCGAAUGGGAAGGCGCGCUGCAGCAGCAGCAGACGCAGCAGCAGCAGCAGCAGCAGCAGACGCAGCAGCAGCAGGCGCAGCAGCAGCAGCAGCCACCGCGGGGUUUGCUGCAGGUCGGGGUCCGUGAGGAGGCGCAGCGGCUGCACUCUUUGCUGCUGCCUGUGGGGCGUACAGUCGAUGCAGUCUGUGCACUCGAAGGUGUCUCCGUUGUAGCUUUGGCGUGCCCAGCUGAAGUCGUGGGAGGACGCGAAGAGCCCAGCUGCAUUUUGUUUUUAAAUCCGAACACAAAGACAGUCGAAGGAAAGUUUGUACUGCCGCAUGCUGCACAUGUUCCUGCUGCACUUUGUGUGGGGCCGAAGCAGCUGUGCUGCAGCAGCAAACGUACAUGCAGCAGCAGCACAAGCAGCAGCAGCACAAGCAGCAGCAGCAGCGCGCUACAGCAGCAAACCUCGUCUACAGCAGACAAUGCAGCAGCAACAGCAGCAUCUCAGGCACUUGCUGCUGCUGCUCCUGGUGCUGCUGCUGCUGCUGCUGCUGGAGGAGGAGGAGACAGUUGUGCCGAGCUGCUUUGUGUAGGGACAGCAGAAGUUGUGCUCAAUGACUGCGUACCCCAGAACGGCUGCAUACACCUUCUGAGGAUAUCCAGAGUGCAUGGGAUGCUAAUUAUAUCGGAAGCAGCAGAGCAAAUGCGGCUGCUCUCGGGGGUGCAAGAACUGAGGGUAUUCGAUGGGAUGAUAUUAGCUGCUUGCAACCAUCAGCUGCGUCUAAUUCAGCUGGGCCUUCCGUUCGAGGCAGCAAAUGGAGACAAAGCUGCGGGGCGCCCUGCAGCUUCUGAGCAAAGGGGACAGCGACGCAAACACCAGCAGCAGCAGCAGCAGCAGCAGCAGCAGCAGCAGCGGAGGCGAGAUGGCUCUAGCUUCUUAGAGGCUGGGGAAGAUGCAGAGCAGGAGACCAGUGAGGGUCUUGCUGCUGCUGCUGCUGCUGCUGCUGAGAAGGGCCUGCGCUCUUUAGGGAGGAUACAGAUGCGCUGCGUUGCAGUGUUUGCUGCCAGCACCUUCAUUGCAUCUCUAGAUGUCCUGGAAGACAGGCUAAUAUGCGUAGGCGACAUGAUGUCUUCUGCUUGUAUGGUGGAGUGGCUGCCUAAAGAACAGACGCUAAAAGAAGUAGCCAGGGAUAUGCGAUGCGCCUGGCCUCUAGCUGUCUCCGUCCUAGACCCCAAUUCUUGUCUCAUGGCUGACGGUGAACAAAAUUUGUGGGUGCUGCGGCGGGCGCUGCCUGAAGGAGUUUUAAAGGGUCUCUGCAGCAGCGAGGGGCAGCGCUCUGCUGCUGCUGGUGCUGCUGCUGCUGCUGGUGCUGCCGCUGCGGGUGGUGGCGCUGCAGCAGCAGACGGCGCUGGGAGCAGGGGCCCGCAGCAGCAGCAACAACAACAACAACAGCAGGCGGGGGGAAGCGCAGCAGCAGCAGCAGCUCCAUCGCCUGCAGCUGCAGCAGCAGCAGCAGCAGCAGCAGCAGCAGGAGGGGACACCUCAGGAGGCUUCAAUAUUAGCGAUGCUCAGCGCUUUCGUUUGUUUCCUUCUGCUGCUAUGCAGACGCCCGUGUCUGUAAAUAAAUUUAUCCACGGGGGUAUUACGCUGCAGCUAGAAGAAGGCCUGUUAGGAGACAGUGGAGGAGAGCAGCAGCAGCGCAACCUGUCUCGUGGCUCUCGAGGAGCAGCAGCAGCAGCAACAGCAGCAGCAGCAACAGCAACAGCAGCAACGGCCCCCAGCGGUGAGUCAUUAGGGGGGCUGCUGCAAGACGCGCGUGGUUGUGGGCUUCUUCGUGGUAUGAGCAGCAGCAGCAGCAGCAGCAGCAGCAGCAGCAGCAGCAGCAGCAGCAGCAGCAGAUACAGCAGCAGCAGCAGCAGCAGCAGGCGGGAGAUAUCGUGGAGCUUAUGCUGUCCUAAGUCUACAAGGACGUGGGUCUCUGCAGAAGGCAGUAUCGGAGUUAUUUUAAAGCUGAAAGACACAGAAACAUUUGCAAGGAUGGCUGUCGUAGAAGAAGCAGUCGGCGAUAUGACUGAGUGGAUCGGCUCUCGCGUAGGGCCCCCUAGCUACGGCGUCAGUCUAGAUGGGUCGAAAGCCCCAGCAAAGGGUUUUAUUGAUGGGGAUGUGUUGGAGCAGCUGCUGCUGCUGCGGCCUCGAGAGCAGCGGGAGGUUUACAAACUUGCUCGAGUCACCGCUGAGGAGGUUGGGUUGUCUCUUCCAUCCCUAGACGAGCUGCUGCUGCAGAUAGAAAACCUGCGGCAGCUUCACUGA